AUGUAUCAGUUCGUGGCAGUGUGGGACAGUGCGUGUUUUGUCGGGGCCGUUCUUCAUGCCCACUUGCCAUUCCGACAGCUCUUGGAGGAGGUCCCGGACCCAGAGAAUACGCCGGGCGGGCUCUUGGCGGCCUUCCCACGCCUCUGGCGGCUUUGCAUCCCGCAGGAACCCCAAGCUCUGGGAGCUGUGGCUGAAGGAGGUGAUGAUGCAACCAGUGCAAGUUCUUCUCAGGCGAUUGGUGCGCAGUCGCCCUUCUUUUCUGCCGUUGUACGAGCCCGCUUGGUUGGACAUCUCUUGGGGUGCCACGAUGCCGUAUCCUCUGAGCUGACGGGGGAAGAGAAGCAACUUUGGGACAUCUUCGUCCGAAUUGAUCACAACUUGGCGGGUUCGCUGAUGGUCAACUUGGAAACUGCAGAUGACCUGUGCGAUGCGCUGGCAUCUGUCUCCUCCAGAAGUCAUGCAGAGGCCUGUGUCAAGGCUCUUGCGGAGCGCGUGGACGACAGUGGCGAGUGCGACUUCGCAGACUUGCUUGAUGUUUGGGAGUCCGAGAAGCAACCGGACCAACUGUGGCAGUUUCGCAGCAGUCUGCGAAAUGGUCUCUCGAACUUGCUGGCAGGUGCAGGAAUCACGGAGGCGGCAUCGUCGCACGUGCCUGAAAUGCGGGCACGCUGCGCUCGACUAUCAGACUCCGCCUUGGCACUGUCAGCUGCCGCCUACCAGCGCACCUUGGUGCUGACCUGCAGCUGGCACUGUGAGCAGCGCCUGCAGUCAUUUCUGAUGACCAAGGGAAGCCCUUCCGAUCGCUCUCGCACGGAGGUCAAGUCCUUGCUGGCGGUUCUCCGGGGCAUUCACGGCGAACUCGUCCCCACUGAGCGCGUUCUGUGGGAGCUCAUGGGCCAGCAGCAGCAGCACUUCGAUGGGACCGUGGGGAAGCAAGAGGUGCUAUCAGCGCUUGAGGAGCUAUUGGGAUUCCACGAAGAGGAUGCGAGGGCCUCGCCGGGCGAGCUUGAGGAGUUAGGCAGGCUCCGCCGGCAGUGCCAGCGAAGAUCUGUGGAUAAUCUGUUCGACGAUCGAGGGAGGACAGUUGUCGCUUUUGCCGACGUCCUGCGGUGGUGGUGGGACAUGCCAGAGGACCCCCAAUUCUCCCAAGGCUUCAAUAGUCCGCUGGCAAUGCUUGCAACCUAG